AUGUCGGAUUCGAAACGGUCAUAUUUAAAAGGCUUUAUCAAGCGCCUUGAUCCAGGAAAAGCAAAAGAGUCAAAUAGUGUCUCUACAGUUACUCCUGUGGGGACGCCACCGUCUUCUCAAGGCAGAGUACCGGCUGGUUUACAGUCUGCUUCAGCAUCGUCUUCGUUCGUACCUUCAGUGAAUAUCGCAGUUACUAGAGAUCCGCUACCGGUUGGAUGUUCAACCUUCAAGGCUAAACAUGGCGACACUAGCAUCGAAGACCGUGAAAAGCUGUCAGAAGUCAUUGGAGGUCAGGAACAAGCUUCAGCACAAGAUGCUCAAAUGAACCUACCAGCCUCGAUAAAGAGACUGGAAAAUGAAAUGAAGCGCUUUGGCACACAUAAGCAGUUGGCUGAAUCAAUGGAAAAGAUUGUCCCGCACCUCAAUCAAUUUACCGUUGUUGGUGAUAUCGCUGUUAGCACGAAUCCCAACCCUGCUGCCCUGCCAUGCCGCUGUACGCUUCCUUCUUCUGAGAUCAGAAGCAAGGUGGUUGAAGGCAUCGCCGAAAUGACUCUUCUAGUCUUUGAACGCAGUGUUUACCUCGAGCUUUACCUAGCUUCGCCUGCUUCCACAGACCUUCCUAUCAAUACAAACUUGCGACAAGCAAUUACAGAUGCGUUUUCCCACUGUUCAAGGUUUCUUGGAUUUGCUCUCCGUCACCAGCAAGUAGCAGCAAAGGCGAUCACGGAUGCAUUCCGCCUAGACGACUUUACUGGAUAUUUAAAAGACAUCAUUGUUUCGAAAGGCAAGCUACAUGACGCUGCCUCACUAUCUGAGAUGUAUCAUAGCUCUCAAACCCGAGACCAACUCAGGUCUUUGCAUGAUCUAAUGAUCGAGAUGCGGCUAGAGUCCAAUGAAAGGGCGGAAGAAAGGGUUAAGUCGCAGCUGAGAGAUCUUCUUAUUGAUCCCAAAGAAGCCUUCGAUCAUAUUUGCACUCUACAUGACUCUUUCUGUCUUUAG